AUGGCGUCCCAGGUUCUCUCGGAUCUGAGCGAGGCGCUCACGCCGCUGCGGUUCUCGCUGCUGAACGCGCAGCUGGAGCAGCUCUCGCAGGUCGUGGGCUUCCCCGUGGACCAACUGCGCUUCGUCGUGUGUCUGCUGGGCGCGUACCCGCUGGCCGUCGUGGUGCGCAAGCUGCCGUCCGCCACGGCCAAGCACUGGCUGCACAUCUGCGCGGGCGUGAGCAUCGCGCAGUUCGUCUACGGCUCCGGCUGGCUGCACUCGCUGCUGUCGUCGCUGCUCACGUACGCGCUCGUGUGCGUGCUGCCGGCCAAGCGCGCGCCCUUUGUCGUCUUCCUCGCCAACAUGGCGUACGUGGCGGCGCUGCACAUCUACCGGUUGUACGUGGACUACAUGGGCUGGCGCAUGGACGCCACGGCCAGUCAGAUGCUGCUGCUCAUCAAGCUCACGAGCUUCGCCUUCAACUACCACGACGGCGUCGUCUCUUCAGCCACAGCCGUCAAGGAUGGCGACUCGGAGCACACGAAGCGCGUCAAGCAGUCGCGCAAGGCGCUGGCGAUCCCCGAGAUCCCGUCGCUGCUCGAGUUCCUCGGCUUCGUGUACUGCUUCACGACGUUCCUGGCGGGCCCGGCCUUCGAGUACAAGGAGUACAGCGACGCCAUCCACCAGACGCGGUUUGUGGACAAGAACGGAGUGCGGCGCAACGUGUCGCCCACGCGCGCGGCGGUGUCCAAGCUGCUGUUGGGUCUGGGACUGAUGGGGCUGCUGGCCAGAUUCAGAGCACUCGCCAACUUGAAAGAGAUCCUGAGUGACGACAACCAGUCCAUGCUCUUGAAGUGGGGACGGCUGUUCGUGGCGCUCUUCCUGACCCGAGCCAAGUACUACGUGGCCUGGAAGCUGUCCGAGGGAGCCACCGUGCUGUCCGGCACUGGGUUUGAAGGAUUCGACGACAAGAACGAGCCCAAGGGCUGGGGAGGCGUGAGCAACGUCGACAUCUUGGGCUUCGAGCUCGGCGCCAACGUGCGCGAGAUCUCGCGCGCCUGGAACAAGGGUACGCAGAACUGGCUGGAGCGCUACGUGUACACGCGCACGGGCAACUCGCUGCUGGCGACGUACUUCGUGUCGGCGCUGUGGCACGGAUUCUACCCGGGGUACUACCUGUUCUUCCUCACGGUGCCAUUGGCGACGGCGGUGAACCGCUUGGCGCGGCGUCACGUGCGUCCGUACGUCGUGGGGAGCCCCAUCAAGCCGCUGUACGACCUGGUGGGCAUGAUCUGCACGGCGAUGGUGGUCAACUACCUGGCCGUCUCGUUCGUGGUGCUCUCGUGGGAAGAGGCCGUCGCGGGCUUCCGCUCCAUGCGCUUCGCUGGACACGUCGGUCUGGUGGUCUGCUAUCUGCUGCUGACCUUUGUGCCGAUCAAGAAGAGCGCGGACAGCAAGAAGAACGUGUAAGGCAAGGGAGGCGGCGUAUCGAUCUACUGUAUGUAUCCAAGGCUAUCGUGACCCCUGAAGAUCUGAAGAGAGAAAAGUACCAUAACACGACGAGAUUUCGUUUGGGGAUC